ACCUCACUGUUCUAUUUCCCUUCCAGAACCUCUCUCUCUUGCAAGCACGCGUCUGUUCUGGCAACAAUGACGGACGCGUCCACCAACAUGCGGCUGAAGCUGCCUGUGGUCUGCUUCAUCCUGCAGAUUAUCCUCAUCAUCCUCUUCGGCGUGCUGGUCCAAUACGACGACGAGGUGGACGCGAGGAAAUGGCACGAGCACCAGCAGAAGCACAACCUCUCGGAAUAUGAUAACGACUUCUACUACCGCUAUCCCAGCUUCCAGGACGUCCACGUGAUGAUCUUCAUCGGUUUUGGCUUUCUGAUGACCUUCCUGCAGCGUUAUGGCUUCAGCAGUGUGGGCUUUAACUUCUUGAUCGCCGCCUUCGCGCUGCAGUGGGCCACGCUCAUGCAAGGGUUCUUCCAUGGCAUGCAUGGGGGGAAAAUACACAUUGGAGUGGAGAGCAUGAUCAACGCUGACUUCUGCACCGGCUCUGUCUUGAUCUCCUUCGGCGCAGUUCUGGGCAAAACCAGUCCUAUCCAGCUCCUGGUGAUGGCGCUAUUUGAAGUCACGCUGUUUGCCGUCAAUGAAUUCAUCCUUCUGUCCGCUUUGGGGGCUAAGGACGCGGGCGGGUCCAUGACCAUCCACACUUUCGGGGCCUACUUCGGCCUCAUAGUGGCUCGGGUUCUGUACCGACCUAACCUGGAUAAGAGCAAGCACCGGAACUGCUCAGUGUACCACUCGGAUCUCUUCGCUAUGAUCGGUACCAUCUACCUCUGGAUGUUCUGGCCCAGCUUCAACUCUGCCAUCACGGCGCACGGCGACGACCAGCACCGCACGGCUUUGAACACAUACUACUCGCUAGCCGCGUGCACGCUAGCCACGUACGGCAUGUCGGCCCUCACCGCUCAUGACGGAAAGCUGGACAUGGUGCACAUCCAAAACGCGGCGCUGGCCGGCGGCGUGGCAGCGGGAACGGCGGGCGAAAUGAUGCUGACGCCCUUCGGCUCCAUGAUCGUGGGCUUCCUGGCCGGAGUCAUCUCCGUCCUCGGAUUCAAGUUUCUCUCGCCCAUUCUAGAGAAGAGGCUGAAGAUCCAAGACACGUGUGGCGUCCACAACCUCCACGGCAUGCCCGGCGUCCUGGGUGCCAUCGUGGGGGCUGUAACUGCCGCCGUGGCGUCCACCGACACCUACGGAGAUGGCAUGGCCGACGUGUUCCCGGAUGUGGCCACUGGCGACGUGGAAGCGUCCUUCCAGGGCGUCCGGCAAGCCAUUUCCCUGGCCGUCACACUCGGAAUCGCUCUCCUCGGGGGGCUCAUUGUUGGCUUCAUCAUGAAGUUGCCCAUCUUUGGAGCUCCUCCUGACACCCUCUGCUAUGAGGACAGCAUCUUCUGGGAGGUUCCCGGGGCCGAGGAAGGCCACGAGGACCAGCUGACCACUGUCGUAUCCGCGGAAACCGAGAAACUCAAUGGACAAGAAGAUGAGCAUCAUUAGGCUUCCACCUGUAGGUGGCGCUGUGCUGCACACCUGCGUGGGAAGUGAUGAAGGACGCCAGCACAAUUUCCAUACCAAAGAACAACCAACUUUCUUUAAAAUGGCAAAUUUUCAUUCAAAUAUUUGUAUUAUUCCAUACUUUGGGGUUUAUAUAUGAUAGUUUUUUUCUCCUGUUAAACAAGUAUGGCUAUUUUUGAUUGGCCCUUAAUGUUUUUUUUUAAGUCCCAUUUGUAUUCUCGUGUUUUUUAAGGCACGAUAUUGUAUUAUUUUUGUCCAAAUAAACUUUUCGAGUGUGUAA